AACAUCCAUUUUUUUUUCAUUCUCAGAUCCCCACAUCGACCGCUAAAGAAAAUAAAAAAAUAAAAAAAAAAAGAGGAGAAGAAAGGAAUCAAGAAACAGCUCCAGAUCUCAAAGAGAUCCUCCCUCUUCUCCUCUCUCUCCAGAUCUCCUGGAUCUCGAGAGAUCGAUCUCCUCUUCGAUCUCAAUGGCGAGGGCGAGCUCCGGCCUCGCUUACCCCGAGAGAUUCUACGCCGCCGCGGCCUACGCUGGAUACGGCGACGGAUCCAACGGCAGCGGAGCGACCUCCAAGUUCCAGAACGAUGUCGCGCUCCUCCUCUACGGACUGUAUCAGCAAGCGAUUGUGGGACCUUGCAAUACGGCGAAACCUAGGGCUUGGAAUCCAGUGGAGCACAGCAAGUGGACUAGUUGGCAUGGGCUUGGAAACAUGGCCUCAACAGAAGCGAUGCGUCUUUUCGUGAAGAUUCUAGAGGAGGAAGAUCCUGGUUGGUUUUCGAGGGUCCCGGAAUUCACAGUGGAGCCCAUCGUAGACGUUGAAAUGCAUAAGCCAAAGAUUGAGUCAUUUGCGGACCCCGCCAUCCCAAAUGGUAAUUUAUUGGAAGAGCCUAAAAUCAUUUCAGCAGAAAAUGGAACCAUGCCAGAGACUGAGGAUAAAGAUAUUAUAAUGGAGGGGCUUGGAUCAAUUGGUAUUUAUGAUCAAUGGAUUGCACCUUCAGUAUCUGGGCAGCGUCCAAAGCCUCGAUAUGAGCAUGGAGCAGCUUUAGUGCAGGAUAAAAUGUAUGUUUUUGGUGGUAAUCACAAUGGCCGUUAUCUUAGUGACCUUCAAGUUUUGGAUUUGAAGAGGUUGAUGUGGUCCAAAGUGGAGGCUAGAGCCGCUGUAGAAUCUUCCGAAUCGAAUUCAGUAACUGUUUCUCCAUGCGCUGGUCAUUCUUUGAUCACCUGGGGACACAAAGUUCUGUCUGUUGCUGGACAUACAAAGGAUCCUACUGAGACCGUUACAGUGAAGGAAUUCAACCCACAGACUUGUACAUGGGCAGACUUAAAGACAUAUGGGAAACCUCCGAUUUCACGUGGAGGACAGUCAGUGACCCUUGUUGGAGAUACUUUAGUCAUGUUUGGCGGUGAAGAUGCAAAGAGAUCUCUCUUGAAUGACCUACAUAUUCUUGACUUGGAAACCAUGACAUGGGAUGACAUGGAUGCUAUAGGCACACCUCCUUCUCCAAGAUCAGACCACACUGCUGCCUGCCAUGCAGACCGGUACCUUUUGAUUUUCGGCGGAGGAUCUCAUGCAACUGUCUUCAAUGAUCUACAUGUUCUUGAUUUACAGACUAUGGAAUGGUCUAGACCAAACCAGCAGGGUGUGACUCCAGGUCCUCGAGCUGGCCAUGCAGGGGUAACAGUUGGAGAAAACUGGUUUAUUGCUGGUGGUGGCGAUAAUAAAAAUGGGAUCUCUGAAACUCUUGUGCUUAACAUGUCUACAUUAAUAUGGUCUGUUGUUACUACUGUUCAAGGGCGUGUGCCACUUGCUAGCGAGGGCCUCAGUUUAGUUUCAAGUACCUACAACGGGGAAGAUUUUCUUGUGUCAUUUGGUGGAUAUAAUGGGCGCUAUAGCAAUGAGGUGUAUGUUCUUAAGCCAAGUCACAAAUCAGAUGCACAAUCCAAGAUUGAGAGACCUGUAUCAGACAGUAUAGCCACCCUGCAUCCAGCGGUGAAUACUAGCCGAGAUGCGGGGCCUGAAUCAGAAGCAGCUCAAGAUGGGAAAAUAAGAGAAAUUGUGAUGGAUAAUGUUGAUUCCGAGCCCUUGAAUGUUAGAAGUGAGGAAACAAGCGAACGAGUUGUAUCAGCCCUCAAGGCAGAGAAAGAAGAACUUGAAGCAACACUUAACAGGGAACAAUUGCAGGGAAUCCAACUGAAGAAAGAGCUAUCAGAUGCAGAAGCUAGGAACAUAGAGCUUACAAAGGAGCUUCAAUCCGUUCGUGGCCAGCUUGCUGCUGAGCAAUCAAGAUGCUUCAAACUUGAGGUUGACCUUGCUGAGUUAAGGCAAAAACUACAAACAAUGGAGACGUUGGAGAAAGAAGUCGAGCUUCUUCAGAGGCAGAAGGCUGCUUCAGAACAAGCCGCAAUGAGUGCUAAACAGAAGCAGAGCUCUGGCGGCGUCUGGGGUUGGCUUGCUGGAAGCCCUCCCGAAUCUGAGUAACCAAAUUCUAGGCAUCAAAGUAUCUACAACUCGUACAGUCGUGACAGUGAUUUUGCUGAUAGUGUCAUAAUUCACUUCUUAUUGUUCGUCAUUGUUCUUUUAAAGUAAAGACAAUAAUUGAUGAAAAAAAUUGAGAUUGCGUCAUAUUCUCCAAUUGUGUCGUAUACGAGUGCUGGAGCAUUGUGUUUAAACUUUUUUCUUCCUUUUGUUUUUGUUUCUUGAUAUUUAGGAAUUGUAUCCAAAGAUCUUUUUCUUGUAUUACAUUUGUCUCUAUAUUCUGCUUCGACUCAA